AUGGAUGAACCAGCGACGCCAUUGACUCCCACCAUGAUUCGGGUCGAAGAAGAAGAAUACGAUCUUCUUCGAAGUUUCUAUGCGGAAAAAAGAAGAGCGCCAAUGAAUCAGGUUGAAUUCGACGAGAAAUACGGUUACCAAAAGAGGCAAAAAGAGGGUGGAAAAUUGAAAAAACAGUCGACAAAAGUGGCCAGUCGGUACUACGAACCAUUCACCUCUUGUUCCAAUUUCAAAACUUUCUUAUUCAAUUUAUUUCCAAUUCUUGGCUGGUUGCCGAGUUACAACUGGAAAAAUGACUUGACCGCUGAUAUUGUUGGAGGAAUAACAGUUGGAGUUUUACAAAUACCUCAAGGAAUCGCCUAUGCCAUAUUAUCUCGGCAGGAGCCUAUCGUCGGACUCUACACUUCAAUAUUUCCUGUAUUCAUUUAUAUUUUCUUUGGAACUUCGAAACAUGCUAGUCUCGGAACAUUUGCAGUUGUUGCACUUAUGACUGGAUUAGCAGUGGAAAGAGAAGCGUAUAUUCCAUCAGAUAAUUUGAAUUCAACACUUCUUCCUGGCGAUCAAGAACUGCCAUCCCCUAUAGAUGUAUCAUGUGCACUGGUUUUAGGAGUCGGGUUGGUUCAGUUUAUGAUGGGAGUUUUCCGACUUCAAUUUCUGACUACGUACCUCUCGGAUCAGCUGAUUGCCGGUUUCACUACAGGAUCAGCAGUUCAUGUUCUGGUUUCUCAAUUCAAAGAGCUCUUCGGGAUGAGAGGAUUAGUAAAACACAGUGGACCAGGAUACCUUAUCAGAAAUGUAUUCGAUAUAAUUAUGAACAUGCCGAAUGCGAAUCUGAUGUGUUGUGCUAUAUCAUUUGUGACAAUGUUGCUUCUUCAGUGCGGGAAAGAGUUUGUGAAUCCUGUUGUCAAAAGGAAACUCAAAUCGAACAUUCCGAUACCUUGGGAGUUGGUCGCGGUGAUUCUGACUACCAUUUUUGUUGCACUCACUAAUGCGAACGAUGUUUAUAAUGUGAAGAUUGUGAAUAAGAUUCCGACUGGUCUCCCAGAACUUUCACUUCCCCAACCAUCACUGAUUCCUCGUGUAUUACCAGAUGCCAUCAGUAUCGCAGUUGUUGUCGUGGCUGUUCACCUAUCACUUUCGAAAAUGCUCGCAAAAAAAUAUCAAUAUGAUUUAGACGCUGGCCAAGAACUAUACGCUCUUUCAUUUACUGCGAUUGGCGGAAGUUUUUUCCCCACAUUUCCGACGUCUAUUGGAUUGGGACGAACAAUGGUUGGAGUGGAAUCUGGAGUCAAAACUCAGAUGGCUACUUUCUUUUCUUGUCUUUUCGUUUUAUCAGUUAGUCUUUAUUUUGGAAGAUUCUUAGAAACAUUACCAAUGUGUGUUCUAUCGGCAAUUAUUGUGGUUGCUCUGAAAAGUAUGCUUUGGAAACUGGGAGAUUUACCAGGACUCUGGAGGCUCUCGAAAAUUGAUUGUUGCAUUUGGAUGGUUGCAUUCUUUGCUACCGUACUUGUAGAUGUCUCCGAAGGACUUAUCAUUGCUAUCUCCUUUGCACUCUUCACAACUAUUUUGAGAGAACAAUAUCCGAAAUGGCACCUUCUGGCAAAUGUAAAAGAUACGGAUGAGUUUAGAGAUACCCAACACUAUCAAGAAGUUAUUUUCAUAAAAGGAAUUUGCAUUUUCCGAUUCGAUGCUCCACUUUUGUUCCAUAACAUUGAAUGUUUCAAAAAAUGUGUGGAAAAGGCCUACGAGUCGUGGAAGAGUUCUCCUGAAUUCAAUUCAGUUUACCAGGUAAAACCCAAGGACCAUAGAUUCGCUUUUGAAGGAGUGCAUCGAAUUGCUCCAGUCUAUCAACAGCCUCAUCAUCCGGGUCUCCAUCGUAACCCAAUUCUCUCUCGUCACUUUGUUAUUGACUGCUCGGGAUUCACAUUCAUUGAUUUGAUGGGUGUCAGUGCACUAAAGGAAGUAUUUUCUGAUCUCAGAAAAAAGCAAGUGCAGGUUUAUUUCGCGAGUGCGAAAAUUCCGGUACGGGACAUGUUUGAAAAGUGCAAUUUCUACGACUUCGUGUCCAAAGAGAACUUCUAUCCAACAUUGAGAGAUGCCACUGGAAUUGCGAGAUUGAGACAAAACAAAUUCGGCUUCAUCGACACACCGAGAGCACCAGAGUUCGAUGAAGUAUCGAAUGUCACAAACAACUUGCCUAAUCAUUGA